CUACUUCUUACUUUUGCCGUCUCAAGCAGGAAAAAGAAAAAAAAAUUGCAAUUAAACUAGGAAUAUUUAUCCGUGCUUUCAGCAUGGCCUGGCGUUCCGUAGGUGCUAGCAAUGAAGAUCUUAUACGCCAAUUAAAGGAAUACGGCGUCAUUGGGAGCGAUGCAGUCGCCAAGGCCAUGAUAGAGACAGAUCGCAAGUUCUAUUCGCCUCGAAAUCCCUAUAUGGAUGCUCCCCAACCUAUAGGAGGCGGUGUAACCAUCAGUGCUCCACAUAUGCAUGCCUUUGCUUUAGAAUAUUUAAGAGAUCAUUUGCAACCUGGAGCCCAUAUCCUUGAUGUGGGCUCUGGUUCCGGCUAUUUGACGGCCUGUUUUUAUCGUUACGUCAAGGCAAAAGGUGAUCAUCCAAAUACCAAAAUUGUGGGAAUCGAACAUCAAUCGUCGCUGGUGCAAAUGAGUAAAGCUAAUUUGAAUGCCGAUGAUCGCUCCAUGUUAGAUUCGGAGAAACUAAUCAUUGUGGAAGGCGAUGGACGAAAGGGUCAUCCUAGCCAUGCACCAUAUCAGGCCAUUCAUGUUGGAGCUGCUGCUCCAGAUACGCCCACCGAAUUGAUCAAUCAAUUGGCCAAUGGAGGCAGACUGAUUGUACCAGUCGGGCCUGAAGGUGGCUCUCAGUAUAUGCAGCAAUAUGACAAGGAUGCCAAUGGAAAAGUGCAGAUGACCCGCCUUAUGGGCGUUAUGUAUGUUCCCCUAACGGACUUGCGCUCCUGACUGAGUUUUUUGUGGAAAUUUGUGAUCGUUGGUAUCUUGUUUGGCUUGGUUCUUUUUCGUUUAUGGAAAUAUUAUUAUCCAUAGAUGUCAUAUUAGAUUUAAAUCACAAGUUUAUCAGUUCGUUUAAUUAAAAGAUAUUUUGUUUAAUAUGUGUA